UUUGUGGCUACAUAUACUCGUGUAUAUGAUGCAUACUCUUUAGCAAGGCGGAGAGUGCUCUUUCUCGGUAACCAAACACCUUAUUAGGGUUCGUUCUCCUUCUUUUGCACAAGCUCGGAUUUAGUAAUCAUGGCAGAUGAAGCACAAAAUGAUCUGAAGGAGGAGGUCACCGAGAUUGCACCCUUUGAUCCUACAAAGAAGAAGAAGAAAAAGAAAGCCACAAUUGUGGAUCCAGCUGAUGAUUCAGUGGACAAGUUGGCAGAGAAGACAGAAAAUCUGUCUGUCUCUGAUGGAGUUGAGAGUUCAUUUUCUGGUUUAAAAAAGAAGAAGAAGAAGCCUGUUGAAAUCAGUAACUUAAACGAUGAGGGUGAAGAUGCAAUUGAAGAUUUGGAUGAUCAUGCUGAAGAAGAUGAAGGAGAUGACAUUUCCUUGCAGCCCCGUUAUCCUUGGGAAGGGAGUGACCGUGAUUUUGAAUAUGAGGAGCUUCUUGGCAGAGUGUUUAACAUUCUACGCGAGAAUAAUCCAGAACUUGCCGGAGACCGUCGGAGGACUGUUAUGAGGCCUCCACAAGUUCUACGGGAGGGCACAAAGAAAACUGUUUUUGUGAAUUUUAUGGAUUUAUGCAAAACGAUGCAUCGGCAGCCAGACCAUGUCAUGGCUUUCUUGCUUGCUGAACUGGGUACAAGUGGCUCUCUAGAUGGACAACAGAGAUUGGUUGUGAAGGGAAGAUUUGCACCAAAGAACUUUGAAGGAAUUCUGCGACGAUAUAUCAAUGAGUAUGUCAUUUGCAUUGGAUGCAAAAGUCCCGACACAAUCCUUUCUAAGGAGAACCGUUUAUUCUUUCUUCGAUGUGAAAAGUGUGGAUCAGGAAGAUCAGUUGCUCCAAUCAAGGCUGGUUUUGUUGCUCGUGUUGGCCGUAGGAAUGCGGGGACAUGAUUUGAUCCUUUUAAGUUCUUAUCUGAAUAGAUGUAAACUGGCUUGGGAAAUGAACCAUUUCCCAAUUUUUUUUUGCCUAUGUUUGUUCUAUACCACACUUACAGAUGAGUUUAUUGCAGUAAAUUUUCAGUU